AUGUCGGGCUUUCGGUCGGUACCUCCACUAAAUCAAAGAAAACCAAAAAAAACCCCUGAUCCCGAUCACCCCGAUGUCAAGUUUGGUCAGCCGGACGGAGAAUCUCCUCGUGCCUCAAUGGGCCCUUCAGUCGAGGAGAUGGAGAUUGCCAAAGAGGUGAACGAUUUGAUGGCUGCCUAUGACGAUCUCGAAACGCACGUCAACGCUGCUAUCUCGCUUAUGCCCCUUUUCGAAGGGCGAGGCAGAUAUUUUCAUGGGAUCCAAGAUCAAUCUAUGAGGUUCUGGAAACAAUACAAUAAUGUCUUGUUUUCCCAAGCCGAUGGAACCGUACCCGAAACCACAUUGGCUCGUCAUUUUCAAAGGUACAACGGUAGGUAUAAACCUUGGAUGGAGAAUUUGGUCAACGAUGACGAAAAGUAG